UUAACCUGUACCUAAGCAGACCGUAAGUAGUCCACAACAAGAAGCAACUGCUAGAAACCUGGAAUUAAUUACGAGUUGACCAUUCAGGCUUUUCUUUCCCAGCACGAAAAGUCCCGUUUUUAAUUUGAUGAUUUAAUUGUUUCAGAUAACCCACAUAAGAGUCAUUCAGGACUACCGUUUAGAUAAUUAUUCUACAUUUUAAAAACAACGCGAGACUAGCCGAGUCUAAUCGCUUGGCUGCAUUUGGCAUAAACACAAAUUAAAUGUUAUUAUCAGGCUGUUUUUAGUGUGUUUUUUUUAAAUACACACGAACUAAAACUGACUCGGCAGUAGGCUUGCCAUCUAAUGUUAUAUAAAUAGUAUUUUCUUACGUUUGAAACAUUUUCCGCCGAGGAGUUGUGUGAACAGCCGUUUUGGUGUGAACGGGCUGGGGUCAGAUCAUCCAGGCAGCAUCGGUGAUAUCUUAAACACUAACUGCGGAUCAAGAGGCUCCAACACACCGCUAAACUCUUCUGAUAAACGAAGCGGUGCUCUUCCGCAACCGUAUUUUAUUUCUUUUUUUAACCCGUUUGACAUAUAUAUUUGAUGCGCCUGUGAUAUUUACGGUGUAUUGGUUUUUAUAUCGAGCCGUUUGGUCCGUGGAGCUGGCUGGUUCAGGGCUGACGGAACAACUCGGCCAUCGAGGCUAUUCUAGAAGGAAUCCAUAUUAUAGAAGGAGUCCAUUUGACGACGAGUGUUUUUGGCUGGACGGGGUUUUGGAUCAUUUGGGAUCCUGAUACCUCCAGUCUGUUCCAACUAACCGCUCAGUCCACUGCCCCGCUAUGCGGGAAGAGCGACGGCUUCACCGUCUGCCUGAGAGUCGUGGAAGAAACGCAGCUGGUCAGCUACACCGUUCAAUAAUCAUAUUAUUAUUAGCACACAGUGGCUCAUAUGAAGGGUCUCUACAACUGCUUAACCGUUAUUCCCAUAUGCGUGUUUAUGGAAGAUUGUAAAUUAAGUUUUUUUAAAGUGUUUUUCUAAACUGCGUCAUUGCCCCUCUAAUGGACCGAGCUCCGUAGAUUCCGGUUAGGCUCUUGGGUAAAAACGACUGAAAAUCUCCCAAAAAAACGUUUGUUACUAGUCUUAUGAUCUGACCUCGGCAGAGACAGACGUACGGUGUGAUUGUGUGUCAAGCGAUUUGCUGGGUGUUUUUAUAGGUCAGGAUGUCGAUGGGCAUGGAUCCACAGGGAGACCCACAGCCAGCCUAGCCUUCAGCGGCUCUUUGGGAACACUAUCCCGGACACAGUACUAGCACCGGACGGCCCCCCCCAACACUGGAGAAUGGAUGGCCGAGAUUUCGGCCCCCCUCGGUCUGUCCAUGUACCCCCUCCCCUGUUGGCUAUGGAGACCCACCGACUCAGUUCUGCUGCUGCAGCCAGGAGGAUCCCUCCCUCGCCCGGACACUUGGGCACAGGGCACCCAGCAAACCUUCACGUCGGGAAAUUCCUUCCAUCUGUCAUGAACCUCCAUCCACAUCACAGUGAUGCCUUCCCAGCAGCCUCCAGUCCCUUCCUGCCGGGCUAUUCCGGCCACUCCCCCCUGACCUCUGACCCAGCCUACAGAUCACCCAAUCAGAUGGCUCAGCUCUGGGCCUCACACGCUGCCGCCCACGAAGGCUACGCCCCUCUCCCAGGCGGUCUGUACCCCAGCCCCUACCACCUCCCCCUGGGUAACCUGGAGCCUCCUCCCCCCUCGCUGGGCUUGGCUCAGCACCACCACCUCUACAACGCACCACACCAAGAGAGGUUCUUCCUGCCAGUGUCGUUACCCCAGCCGCCCCUCCAACCCUCCUCCGUCCCCCCCAGCUCCACCCCCCAGAGUAGCUCCCGGGAUGGGGGCAGGGACCGAGGCCGCGAGGAGAGGGAGAGAGAGGCGCCUCAGGAGGGGGGCAGGGAUCGAGACAGACUCUACCGUGAGGAGAGGGAGGAGCCUCAGGAGGGGGGCAGGGAUCGAGACAGACUCUACCGAGAGGAUAGAGAGGAGCCUCAGGAGGGGGGCAGGGAUCAAGACAGACUCUACCGUGAGGAGAGAGAGGAGCCUCAGGAGGGGGGCAGGGAUCGAGACAGACUCUACCGUGAGGAGAGGGAGGAGCCUCAGGAGUCGGACAGAGACAGACCCUACCGCGAGGAGGGAGACAGAGGAGAGAGGGAGAGAGAGGAGCCUCAGCAGGGGGGCAGAGACAGACCCUACCGCGAGGAGAGAGACAGAGGAGAGAGGGACCGGUUGAGAGAGGAGUCUCGUCCAUACAGUGUGGUAGAUCUGACACGGGAUGGGAGGAGUGGAGAGAGAGAACGCCACAGAGACCGAGAGAGAGAAAGAGAGGCUUUCCUCCACCACCCCUCUGCUCCUCCCCCCCUCCGGGGCUCCUCCUCUUCUGGGCGUUACCCAGAGACUGAAGACACACCCAUUCGCUCCCCCAGCCCUAACCCCAGCCCCCCCACACACACAGACAGGCUGAGGAAGACUGAAUCUACCUAUAGCGGUGGACUCCUCCCUGGCCCCACCUACCCUGCACACCGGGAGCCUAUCAGGGAACAGCGUGUGAGCGCGCCCACUUACGUGCCUUCUGUGGAGGUCUACGAUGAGCAGAUCGGCCCGAUUCAGAUCGCUUCGCAGGCCAGGGACAAACACGACAAACAGAGAGAGAGGGAGAGAGAAAGGGAGAGGGAGAGAGAAAGGGAGAGGGAGAGAGAAAGGGAGAGGGAGAGAGAAAGGGAGAGGGAGAGAGAAAGGGAGAGAGAGAGGUUUCCUGAAAAGACUCUAUUGGACCGUCGUGCUUCUCUUCCUGGUGAUUUGUCCAAUCAGAGAGAGCGGGAGGAGGGCUCUGUGAUCUGCUCCAACGGUUCGGCUCUGAAACGAGACGGUUACGUCAGACAAUCAGGGUUCAGCCCGGACCCCAGGGACACUCCAAAACAUGCCAUCCGAUUGGGCUUGGAGCGGGUGGGGGAAGGGCCUAAAUGGAACCCCAUCAGCCCAUUGGCCAACUACGCCACCAGUCAUAUGGCAGCUCUGGCCUCCCAGCACAGACACACACACGUUCAACCCUCACACCAUAACCAGCAGGAACUCAACAGACCCCCAUCCAACCCCCACACACCCCAACCCUCACACCAUAACCAGCAGGAACUCAACAGACCCCCAUCCAACCCCCACACACCCCAACCCUCACACCAUAACCAGCAGGACGUCAACAGACCCCCAUCCAACCCCCACACACCCCAACACAGACACACACAUUCCCCCCACCCUCUGCCCCAACCCCAGAGGGCAGAGGAGGGACAGAGGCGCUACUUGGACACCUCAGCCCUGUACCGCCCAGUGGGGGGAAGGAGAGGCAGCGGGGGAGGAGGGUCCGAGGGGGGAGCAGAAGGAGGAGAGGUGUCGGCCAUGCAGAGUCUAAUCAAAUACAGCGGGACCUUCCCACCUGAACGGCAGGGGUCCUUCGGUCAGAACACGGACAACCAAGCCGCGUUCGGAGGGCUGGCGUUCAUGAGACUGGAGGGGGGAGGAGGAGGAGGAGGAGGAGGAGCGGGUGGGAGGCUGAUGAAGAGAGAGCGGGAGCGCCCCGACAGCACCCGGGCGUUGGGACGCGGCGAGGGGCCAGGCGAGGGUGGGGGAGAGCUCCGGCACCCUCCUGUCGGGAUAGCUGUGGCCGUGGCCAGACAGAGGGACAGUAGCAAUACAAACUCACAGAGACCUCUAGUACCGCACGCAGGGGUUAAAGACGAGGAGCGGGGGGACGAGCGAGCCCGUCACCGUGGCGAUAGACUGGGGUGCCUGGAGCAGGAGAAGUUGCUCAGAGAGAGUAAGGAGCUGGCAGAGUUCACGCAGAUGCAUCCCCCCCUGGUGUCCAGCGCCCUGACCUCUAACCUCAUGGUGACUGGAGGCUCCGCCCGCUGGCCCCACGACCCCUCCCCCCUGACCUCUCACCACUGGAUGCCCCGUCAAGGAGCACCGCCCAUCUGGCUGUCGGGAUCCCCCUACGGUUUAGGCCCCUCUCCGCUGCACCAGGCCCUCCCUCCCUACCAGCUGGCUAGAGACCCCCAGUCAGGACAACUAAUGGUUAUAGCUACAGAACACAUCCCACGCUACGGAGGAGAUGUGAUGGAUGGAGGUGGCGCCCCCCUGUGGCCAGGGGCGUACGGAGCAGGGAGUUCUCUGCAACAUGCAGCUCAGCUCCAGAUGUUGUCACAGCAACAGUUGCUGAGGCAACAUGAACUGGUGAUGAUUCAACAACAUGCUGCUCAGGUCCUGGAGCUACAGAGGAACGCUCACCUGAUGGAGCGUCUGAAGGCCAGUGAACAGAGGGCGGAGCUAGAAGAGAAGACCAAUAAGAGGAGUUCCGAGCCCAAACGCCGCCCCUCGCCACGCCCCACUCCCUCCCCCUCCCUCCAAUGCCAUAAAACUCCCCUCCGUUCGCCUCCCCCUUCCACCUCCUCCCUCACCCCCCUGUCCUCCCCCAGGCCCACUCUCCAGAGAGAGAGGUCUCACCCUUCCUCUCCCCUCCCUCGCCCCCCCGCCCCACACUCUGCCUCCCCCCUGAGACCCAAGCAGGACGAGGGAGAGGAGGGGGGGAGAGAGAGGGGGGAGAAACAGACCACCGCUCCCUUUCACCGAAUCUACACAGAUAUCACCCCUGGUUACCGUUACCAGUCCAUCACCGCUCCGUUCAGCGCCCCGUUCCCCCCCUGCCCCCAUCCAGCAGGGGGUGACACACACCCCUCGGUCUCCUCUCUGCCGCCUCUGCCCCGGGCCACAGCUCCAGACGUGACGCCUCGGGGCCUGGAGCUCCGGCCAGACCAAGGGACCGCGCUGAAGCGUGACCCCGACCAGGAGGCACCCCAGCUGGGCAUGAGUCCUGCUGCCCUGGGCCUGGAGCUCCGGACCUCCAGCCCUCCAACCCUCAGCCAAGUAGAGAGAGACGGAGAGUCAAGCCUCAAACGCACACAUCUCACGCACGCACAAUUACACACACAUCCCAGCCUUACACACCCACAUAAACACACCAGCCUCCCCUCAGCCCCCCAGCCCCGUCCUCCUCUGCCACACAAACACACCAGCCUCCCCUCAGCCCCCCAGCCCCGUCCUCCUCUGCCACACAAACACACCAGCCUCCCCUCAGCCCCCCAGCCCCGUCCUCCUCUACCCCCCACACAGCCACAAGAACAACAGACCGAGGAGGAGGAGGAGGAAGAGGAGACAGGAGAGGUCAAGAUGGAGAUGUUGACCUACGGCUGCCGAGGAGCCUGUCAGCUCCCUCCGUUCGUCCCGAAGGUGGAGACUAAACCAGAAGUCACAAAGAAGUCGAGCCCGGCCCAUUACCCAUCGUGCACCACGGCGAGCGCCGAGCGAGCGACCUUUAGACCCAGUCCCGACACUCACGCGUCCUCUCCUCCCCCUCUCUCUCCCUGCCCUCCCCCUCCCUCCCCUCUAAACAUCGUCCCUGAUCACCCCAUGGCUGGUAUGAUGACACUGUUGGCUGCCAGUCAGAUGCCCCAGGCUGCCCCUCCUGCCCUAACCACCCUGCUCCAGACAGAGGCCUCCUCGCUGGGGAGACACGUGGCCAGUCCUGGGUGUCUGGAGGUCUGGGCUCUGGAGGGGAUGACUCUACUCAGCGACAUGGCUUCACUAGAGAUGGACAGAAUACAGCUGGAGCAGGGUCAGGUGUUGAGUGGUCUUGACAGCCUGUUGGAGGCAGGUAGAAAGGUGUUGCUGGAGGCCAUUGAGAGCCAGUCUCACAUCGACCUCCCCAGACAACUACACCCCAGCAAGAUCUACAGCUGGAGGAUGAGGACAGACCCACAGGAGCAGCUCUUCAGUAAGGUGUGUGAUCGAGGGGAGAUGCAACAUCGGAUGAGGUUAGCGGAGCUACAGAGGCAAUACAAGGAGAAACAGAGACAACUAGACAAGCUGACCUCUGACCCCCAAGAGGUUCAGCAGCAGGUGGAGGAGAGGCGGAGUCUAACCAGACGUGGGCGGGGCCGACCCAGGAAGAGGAAACGUUUAACGACGCCCCCUGGCAAACUGGAGUCCCGGACAGGAGAGCUGGGCAGGACGGUGCGGUACUCUGAGGUGGCUGACGGAGGGAGGAAGAGAUUCCACUGUUCCAGAGAGGAGGACGAGCUGCAGGGAGGAAGAGGAGGAGAGAAGAGGAGUUGGCAGGAUCAGGAGCCGUCCACCAGUCACUCUCUGGAGGUCUGUAAGGCUCGUCGUGUCGCUCUGUGUGACCAGGAGCAGCUAGCCUGUGACCUGGACAGAGCUCUCUCCCUGUCCGUACUCAGCCGCCGGCCGCCCUCUGACCCCAGCGGGAGGGAUGGAGAGGUGACCCUCUCGUCUGGAGGGAAACAGAAGGUUAGAGGUGAGAGGAAGACGGUUUCUCCUCCUCUUCCUCACUCCUCCUCUCAGCGCUCCAGCUACGACUACAACUCGGACUCUGAAGAGGAUGUCCCUCGGGGGGGCUGUCACCCCUCCUCGGGGUUGCGACCUCACACAGCCCCGCCCAGGAAGAGACCGUCCCCCUCCUCGUCCAAUCAGGCGGCUCGGGAGAGGAAACAGAAGCACUUAUCCCUCCUGCUGCAGGAGGCGGGGCUUAGCUCCUCCGACGACUCCUUCGAUCAAGAGUCCUCCACUGAGGAGGAUGACGAUGAUGAGGAAGAGGACGAGUCGUCGCGCUCCGAGGGGAGUGAGCUGGAGGAGAGUGGGUUGGGCCUGCUGGCCCGGUUCGCAGCCAGCGCCAUCCCGGUAAACCCCGUCCCGCUGCCCCGUCUCCACGACAACAAACACCGUAGCAGGCAAAGCAUUCUGGGUGUCGGUUCUGGUUCUGGUUCUGACCUUCGUCUGAGGAAGUUCCCCUCUCUGCUCCACGGGAAACGCUCCGCUCCCCAACUCCCCCUGUUACCCCCGGCAACGCGCCACGGCGACCAGACGAGCAACGAGACCUCGCCGGUCAAACGCAAACCCCGCCCCUCUCCCCGGUCGCCCCGGAGUUUCACCUUUGACCCCCCCGGGGGGCUAGGGGGAGGGGCUAGCGAGGAGGAGGGAUGGACACGCAGACGUAGCGAGAGGAUUUUCCUUCAUGAUGCCUCCACCAAUCAGAUCUCUCCCCCCGGCAAAGACCCUCCGAUCAGCACUAAGCCCGCCCCCAGACCUAAAACCACACCCAGGGAAGGGAAAGACUUGAAGAAGAAGAGGCUGAAGGACUCUCCCCUGACCCCGCCCUCUCUGUCUAGUCCAAUCACAGAGAGCCCUGUAGCCCCUCCCCUCAGCCCUGCACGCAAGAGCCAAUCAAAAGCCAAGGCUAAACCCCGAGAGGCUCGUGGAGCGGUCAGUAGGCUGAUGAAGAGUAUGGAGGCCGACGAAGACUUCGAACCCAGUCAGGACAGCAGCUUCUCUGAAGACGAUGGACCUCCUCCUCGGUCACACAGCAGUCCGGCUGAGAGGACUCUGUCGUCUGCUCCGGUCCAGUGUGUGUUAGAUAAAGACUCUCUUCAGGAUGGUCUGCGGGUUCUGAUCCCCAUGGACGAUCAGCUGCUGUAUGCUGGACACGUCAACACCGUACACUCCCCGGACAUUUACAGUGUGGUGGUGGAGGGAGAGAGAGGGAACAGACCUCAUAUCUACUGUCUGGAGCAACUCCUGCAGGAGGCUAUUGUGGACGUGAUUCCUCCGUCAGUGUGGCAUCUUCCGGAAGGCUGUCGUGUCGCUGCAUACUGGAGCCAACAGUACCACUGUCUCUACCCCGGCACCGUAGUCAACGGUAACGCACAGUACCGCUGUCUCUACCCCGGCACCGUAGUCAACGGUAACGCACAGUACCACUGUCUCUACCCCGGCACCGUAGUCAACGGUAACGCACAGUACCACUGUCUCUACCCCGGCACCGUAGUCAACGGUAACGCACAGUACCACUGUCUCUACCCCGGCACCGUAGUCAACGGUAACGCACAGUACCACUGUCUCUACCCCGGCACCGUAGUCAACGGUAACGCACAGUACCACUGUCUCUACCCCGGCACCGUAGUCAACGGUAACACACAGUACCACUGCCUCUACCCCGGCACCGUAGUCAACGGUAACGCACAGUACCACUGCCUCUACCCCGGCACCGUAGUCAACGGUAACGCACAGUACCACUGCCUCUACCCCGGCACCGUAGUCAACGGUAACGCACAGUACCACUGUCUCUACCCCGGCACCGUAGUCAACGGUAACGCACAGUACCACUGUCUCUACCCCGGCACCGUAGUCAACGGUAACGCACAGUACCACUGUCUCUUCCCCGUCACCGUAGUCAACGGUAACGCACAGUACCACUGUCUCUACCCCGGCACCGUAGUCAACGGUAACGCACAGUACCACUGUCUCUACCCCGGCACCGUAGUCAACGGAAGUUCAGACGGUGAUGACAGUGAUGACCUCAUCGCGGUGGAGUUUGACGACGGGGACACGGGUCGUAUCCCCCUCUCCCACAUCAGACUGCUGCCCCCCGACUACAAGAUACAGUGUGCUGAGCCCUCCCCCGCGCUGCUAGUGGCCAGCUGCUCCAGGAGGCGUGUCAGGAAGUGCAGCAAGGACACCAGUGAGACGAGGCCUAAAGCAGGGGACUCCGCCCCCAAGGGCAGAGGGAGACCGGCCAAGAAACCCAAACCUGAGCCCCCAGUGAGCCCAGACCCCCAGGAGAAGAUGUCCCCCCCGGUACCCAGCCAGGCUCCAGACAGACCUCAGCUCCCCAUCAGACCAGCCCAAGACAGGCCUUCCUCCUCCCAGAGACCUGCUCAGGAAAGACCCCUGUCUGCUCCCAGGCCGGGACCAGGCCGACCCUCCAAGCCCACCAGCAGCCCCAGCCUGCCUGCCUCCCCACGCAGCCAGAACCCCAGGAGACCCAGCUCAGACCAGGCCUCUCCCAAGCCUCCAUCUCUCUACCACCCAGCCCCUUACGGGAAGAUACUACGGGUGGACCUGUACAGCCAACCCAAUCUCGCCUCUUGUAACGUCAACACCCAACCUAACCCUAAACCCAACCCUAAGUCUAAACUCUCCCCUCCACUACUUAAACCCAACCCUACUUCCCUUACCAUCAGACCAAACCCUCUUCUACCUAACCCUAAAACGAACCUUACCUCCGUACCAAAAUCCAAACCUAGACCUAACUCUACAGCAGAACACCCCAGACCUGGACCUGCAGAUAACUUUAAACCUGAUCACGACAAACCCAGAACCGUUCCCAAAGCAAUCUCCAGACCCAAACAGAACCAUAACAAACACAGACCCACCUCGGAUCCUUCUACCAGGCCUAGAACCAGCUCCGGGCCCAGCUCUAGUACCUCCAAACCUAGAACCAGCUCCGGGCCCAGCUCUAGUACCUCCAAACCUAGACCCAGCCCUGGACCCAGCUCUAGUACCUCCAAACCUAGAACCAGCUCCGGGCCCAGCUCUAGUACCUCCAAACCUAGAACCAGCUCCGGGCCCAGCUCUAGUACCUCCAAACCUAGAACCAGCCCUGGGCCCAGCUCUAGUACCUCCAAGCCUAGAACCAGCCCUGGGCCCAGCUCUAGUACCUCCAAACCUAGAACCAGCUCCGGGCCCAGCUCUAGUACCUCCAAACCUAGAACCAGCUCCGGGCCCAGCUCUAGUACCUCCAAACCUAGACCCAGCCCUGGACCCAGCUCUAGUACCUCCAAACCUAGAACCAGCUCUAGUACCUCCAAACCUAGACCCAGCUCCGACCACUCUGCUGCCAGAUCCAGAGCGGACCUUAACACCUUUAUUCCGGGUAUCUCCAGACCCAGGCAUGUCCCGGGGGAGGGCGGGCAGGGCGGGGGGCGACAGGGGCGUAAGGCCCUCCCAGAGGAACCCCUAGUGAAGCUGGACCACGAAGGCGUGACUUCGCCCAAGACCAAGAAGACCAAGGCUCUGAUGCUGCUGGAGGGGAGGAGCAACUUACGGCAAGAACACACACCCAUCGCCACGGCCGCAGCCGUCCAGACGCCGGCGAGGGUAAAGGGGAGGGCUCCGGAGAGCGAGGCGGGCCUGCUGGGGAGAGAACCCGCCUACAGAACGCCUUCUCUGGGCAGAGAAAGAGACCGAGGUGGAGGGGGAGACAGAGAACCAAAGAGAGAGGAGAGAACGAAACAAGGGGAAGAGAAGAGAGGGGAGUCUCACGGCAGCAGUAGUUCAGGAUCUGAGGAAGAGGAGGAGACGAGGAAGAAAACAAAGUGUAGCUCCAGCUGCUCCCACCCGUCCUCCCCAGCCUCCUCCUCUUCGUCCUCCUCUAGCACCUCCUCCUCCUCUUCCUCCUCCACUGACGAGGAGUCCUCGUGUAGUUCUGAUGAGGAGACCGCCCCCCCUGACCCUCUCCCCGUCUCCCCCCCUCCAACUACCCCACAGGUGGAGGAAGAGGAGGUAGAGGUGGAGGAAGAGGAGAAGGAGGAAGAGGAAGAAAUGAAGAAGUUGAAAAAGGCCGAAGAGGAAGAAGAAGUAUUAGAAGAAGAUGAACGUCCCUCCUCUCCUCCCCCGUCUAUCUCCCCGUCCUCCAAGCCAGCCAGGCCCCGGGGUCGUCCAGCCCGGCAGAAGAGCCAGGGAGGUGUGGGGUCGGUGAGCAGGCCGCGGCGCAGAGAGGGGGUUCACCUCCCCACCACCAAGGAGCUGGCUAAGAGACAGCGAUUACCGAGCGUAGAGAACAGACCCAAGAUCUCUGCUUUCCUGCCUGCCAGACAGCUCUGGAAGUGGUUCGGUAAACCCACACAGAGACGUGGUAUGAAAGGGAAGGCUAAGAAGCUGUUCUACAAGGCCAUCGUGCGAGGCAAAGAGAUGAUUGGUAUCGGGGACUGCGCCGUGUUUCUUUCAGCCGGUCGACCCAACCUGCCCUUCAUCGGGAAGAUCCAGAGCAUGUGGGAGAGCUGGGGAUCCAACAUGGUGGUCAGAGUUAACUGGUUUUAUCACCCGGAGGAGACCAACCCUGGCAAGAAACUACACGACAAGAAGAACUGGGAUCAGAUGUCGGGUCAGUCUCUUCCUUCAUCUCUGCUCUCCUCCAACCAGAGGAAAGACUUCAUGGAGCGGGCUCUGUACCAGUCGUCCCACAGCGACGAGAACGAUGUCCAGACGGUCAGUCACAAGUGUCUGGUGGUCGGCGUGUCAGAGUACGAAACCAUGACUCUGACGCGUCGCUACGCCGACAGCCAAGACCUGUACUACCUGGCCGGGACGUACGAACCCACCACUGGCAUGAUCUAUAACACGGACGGAGUCCCCGUCAUCUGACGGCGCCACACGCUAACGACACGCUAACGACCCCUUGACCCCGACCAAACGCCGAGGUCGAUCCUGUCAAGUCGUAACGUUUGAUCCGACGAAACGAAGAGAGAGACUACGGCCCGUAUUUACAAACGCUUGGAUCUUCUUUAUAAACUCACACACACACACACACACACACACACACACUUUUACCUGUAAAUACAAUACAAUAAUUCUAACACUCAUAGAUAUAUAUAUAUAUAUAAAAGACAGGAAGUGAUUUUAUUUACCAGGGAAGAUAUCAUCCUCACUGGACCGUAGCUGUAUGUCACAGUUUGUUUUUGAUGAGAGGAGGUCUGUCUAUCUGACCCAGACAUAUUACACUAACAUAACGUUAUAUGAGAGAGAGAGAGAGAGAGAGAGAGAGAGAGAGAGAGACAGAGAGAGAGAGAGAGAAAUAGAGAGACAGAGACAGAGAGAGAGAAAUAGAGACAGAGAGAGAGAAAUAGAGAGAGAGAGAAAUAGAGAGAGAGAGACAGAGAGAGAGAGAGAGAAAUAGAGAGAGAGAGAGACAGAGAGAGAGAGAGAGAAAUAGAGAGAGAGAGAAAUAGAGAGAGAGAGAGAGUCCUGUACUCUGAUUGGUGCCUGUCCUGUCUGGACCCGCCUACUCCCCCACGACCUUAUUACCUGCUGGUGUUAACAGGGUUCUGAUGACAUCAUGGUGUUGGAGAUAUUAUCAGUGUUUCUCUGGAGUGAAAACACUCUUAUUGCCCCUGUUCCUCAUCUAUCUGCCCCCCCCCCCCCCGACACACCCCAUGCGCAUUCGCCUUUGAGAGAGAGAGAGAGAGACAGAGAGAGAGAGAGACAGAGAGAGAGAGAGACAGAGAGAUAGAGAGAGAGAAAGAGAGAGAGAGAGAGAGACAGAGAGAGAGAAAGAGAAAUAGAGAGAGAGAGAGACAGAGAGAGAGACAGGUAGAGAGAGAGAGAGAGAAAGAGAGAGAGGCUGGUUCUUCCUCUGAUGUGUUCAGUAUGUGAUCUGUUCUUACAGUCCUGAUGUGUGUGGGGGGGGUAUUAUUAUUUAGAAAAUUCUAGACGUUAAUGUUUUGUAAAUGUCCUUGAGCCGAGGGGGGAGAUCAGAAUAUACUUUCUGCCCCUUUAAUGUUGUAGAAAUACAUUGUGAAGGAGGAGGUGGAGGAAGAGGAGGAUGGGGAGGAGGAGGAAGAGGAGGAGGGAAAAGGGUUUGUUUCUUUUUUUUACUGAAGCAAUCGACUUAAUCAGUGUUUCUCCCGAUAUCCAUUUAAGUAGAUCAAUAUUUUAUAGUUGAUCAAUAAAGAGAUAAAUCUA